AUGUCGGGUUGGGACUUGGACCAAGACAGCGUCAAAAUCCUGGACAUUUGGCUCGCCAUUAGACCCCAGAAUGAAGUCGACAUAGUCAGCCCUUCGUCCUCCACUACUAUCGAGCCCGCGGCUGAUUCUAUUGUUGCCUAUCUCACAUCUCCGCCUGGAGCGCAGGCCGAUGAGUUCGAUGAUUUCAGUAACCGCCUUGAGCGUGUCUUCCAUGCCCUCAUAGAGUUUUGUGUCCUUCAUCCUCGCUCCAUGGACUGGGGCAUAACAGUUCUUUAUCGGGUGAUAACAGACAUACCAGCUGAUGCUGCUAGCGAGCUUGGCGAAGGACCAGAAGGGGCGCGGCUGGAUCUCGAACGAUUUUUUGGGAACUACGUGUCUCCAUACGCCGAUGGAACCGGGCCGCAAAUAGGUACAAAGCCAAAGGAUAGACCCGAUGCGAAAGACCCGUUCACGGUGCAGUUCUCGGCAGAAGAAGUAGAAGAGCGCCCAGAUGAGGUGAUACAGAAAAUCACCAACUUGCGGAAGAGCAGGUGGAAGACCACGAUCGUUCAGUGUUUCUCGGCACGCUGUCACGUUCUCGAGACGGUGGUGCAUCCAUAUAAGGAAGCUUUGGUCAAGCGAUUACUAUAUUUAUUGGGUUUCCAACUGGAUAUAACGGGGCCUGAUUGGAACAAGAUCGACUGCGUUGGUCUUCUGACUAUGCUCAGAGGAUCAGCUUCUUAUCUCUUGUCGACUUUCCCAGCCGAGGAGCAGGAGGGGAAGAAGCAGGAGUGGAUCAAGGGUCUGAACAAUCUGCUGUCAACCAGUCACGAGGGAAGAGAAGCGGAUGAUAAGGCUGAUGAUAUUCGAGUCAAAUCUCAUGCAGCGUUGGCGUUGAAGAACCUCAGAGAUGGGCCUUUCAACGAGGCUAGUGCAGAUCUUUUCGCUGUCGGGUACUGGAUGUUUUAA